AUGAACAGGCUUUGCUUUGAUACCUCCCCGCACUUCGGCUUCAAGAGCCUCCAUAUCAUCCUUGAUACCAGCAAUCUGUUCAGCGGCCCUUCUGAAUACGUGCGCUCUUCUGUUCCAGGCUUUCGUUUGCGUAGAAAGGUCCAUCAUGUUCAUGGCAAAAGGGAGGCCAAACAUCAAAUGGAUGACAUUGACCAACGACUUGCUGCCACUACUCCCCUCACUGGUUUGCAAUGUUUUCCACAGGGUCGUGGAUUCAAACAAUGGACCAGGGAUGACUCUAAGGCACUCAUGAAGAUAUAUCUACCUGUGAUAGAAGGCCAUGUACCGACAGACAUCAUCUGUACAUUUCGUGCAUUUUUGGAGAAUGUCAUCACGGAGGACAUGAUCUCACAAAUAGAAGAUGCACUACGUCACUUUCACCACUAUCGCUCAAUAUUUCUUCGGUUAGGCAUUGUCCCUACAUUCUCACUCCCUCAUCAGCACUCAAUGAAGCACUAUCCUGAACUUAUCUGUCUAUUCGGAGCACCAAAUGGUCUAUGUUCAUCAAUGACGGAAAAUAAGCAUAUUAAAGCUGUGAAGCAACCAUGGCACUUCACGAAACAUGGUAUGCUCAAUGGUACAUGUCUUAGUGAUGCUUCAGGUUGUCUCAAUACUUCAUGCAAUGACCCUCCUGCCGAACCUCCUGACACCAGUCCCGAUACUGCUGAGGCCAAUGAUGUUGACGAGGGUGAAAUUGAUGAUGGGCCAACUGAAAUCAAGGCCCAUAACCAUAGCAGUGCUUGCUAUCGGCUUUCUAUUCCGAACGUACAAAAUCUUAUUGGUCACUUUCUCUUUGAGCAACUUCACCCUCGUGACCCUCAUAACCAUGCCACCAUCCCACUUGACAGUUUCCCCAUCUAUGAUGGGAGAAUCUCUGUGGUUAAUUCCGCAUCAUCAAGAUUCUAUGCGCCGAGUGACUUAAGGCUUCAAAUAGCAUGCGUGCUAUGCUUCUUCUCCUUCAAGUACAAGUUCAUCUUGUACAAAUGUGCCAUUAUUCAUUGGUUUGAUGUCAUAGGUGAUGCCCCUGAUGAAGACACAGGCAUGUGGGUAGUUCAGCCAUCCUUUGAUGGUCACUCUCCAAAUAUUUCGGUGAUACACAUUGACGCAAUCUAUCACGCAGCUCAUCUCCUUCCCCUUUACGGUGUUGAUUUCAUCCCUUGUGCUAUUAACUUUUCAAACUCUUUAGAUAAAUUCCAUGCUUUCUAUGUCAACAAAUUUGCUGACCAUCAUGCAUUUGAAAUCACAUUUUAA